AUGCAGUUCACCGAUGCGGAAGCCCUUGAAGUGAAGAAAUGGGUGGUAAAGAAAUUAGAGGACAUCUCUGAUGCCGACUCCGAUGUCCUUGCAGACUAUGUUUUGGCGCUGGUCAGGUCUGAUGCGCCAAUUGAGGAGAUCAGGAAGAACUCGGUGGAAAACCUAGAGGAUUUCUUGCGCGAACACACCGAACCAUUCGUUAAUGAGCUCUUUACAACAUUCGGUCCUAAGCCAUCCGCGCCCGCCCCUGCGCCCCAACUUCAGCACGCGCAGCAACCUGCUGCACAGGUUCACCCGUCGCAAGCUCCACUACAUGCGCCCACCGGGCCGAAGGCUGCUAUCUCUCCGGCUGCCACAGCCAACCGUAAACGAACAUUUAAUGAGGGGUUCCAAGGGGAGCCUGAGCGCGACGAUGGCGCAUUACAAAACCGCGCUAUGAAGACUCCACGACGCGGUGGACAUGCAGGUGGUCGCGGUGACUUUAUGGGCGGACAUCAGAUGCAUCCGGGCCAGCAAUUCCCUCAACAACAACCCGGUACCUUCCCUAUGAUGCCCGGGUUCCCGCCAUUCGACCCCAACGAUCCUAUGGCAGCAAUGAUGGCUAUGCAAGGAAUGCAAGGUAUGGGAUUCCCGCAGAUGCCGGGUAUGCCUAUGCCCGGGCCGCCUGGUGGUCCAGGACAGCCAGGCGCGGAUCAGAUGCAACAAAGCAACCAGCGCUGUCCGUUCUAUGACACGCAAGGUAUUUGUUACCUUGGUAACACCUGUCCCUAUCAGCACGUUGAGGCUGGUGCUUCGAAAAACGAUGAAUAUGACCCUAAGACUGCUGGUACACAUGGCCAGCGGGGCGGUGCUUUCAUGCGCGGUGAGCGCGGCCGCGGCCGUGGCCGUGGUGGCUUCAGCGGGCGAGGACGCGGCCGGUCCGAUUUCUCGUCGGCAGGGCCCAACGAGGACCAGUCGAUCACAACGAUCGUGGUUGAGCAAAUCCCGGACGAGAAGUUCAGUGAGGAAGCCGUGCGCGAGUUUUUCUCUCAGUUCGGCAAUAUCACCGAGGUUUCAUUGCAACCCUACAAGAAGCUGGCAUUGGUAAAAUAUGAGACCUUCGCGGAAGCCAAGGCCGCCUGGUCCAGCCCCAAGGUCAUCUUUGACAACCGUUUCGUGAAGGUGUACUGGUACAAACCAAACCGCGAUGAGAAGCCUGACGGCGCGCAGCCCGAGGCUCCGGCUUUCAAUCAAGAAGAGUUCGAGAAGCAGCAGCAGGAAGCACAGAGGGCACACGAAGAAAAAAUGAAGAAGCGCCAGGAGGCCGAAGCAGCCAAGCAGGCCCUUGAGCGCCAGCGCGAGGAACUCCUCAAGAAGCAACAGGAGGAACGGGCGCGUCUCAUGCAGCGACUCGGAGCGUCGGCAGAUACGAGCACUGACGCCGGAGCUGGUGACGCCAUGGCCACUGAGCCUGCCGCGGAUGAAAACGUCAGUGAAGAGACGAAAAAGCUACGCGCUCAGCUGGCUGCCCUCGAGGCCGAGGCAAAGAGUCUUGGUCUCGACCCUUCAGCUGAUGCUGCGGCACGAGGUGGAUACCGGGGUCGCGGUGGCUACCGUGGCCGAGGCACAUACCGUGGACGGGGCGGCUACGAUCCCAGUUUCCGUGGAGGAAUCCGUGGACGUGGUGGCUUCGGAGCUCGGGGACGAGGAGGUGUGCUACGUCUCGAUAACCGGCCUCGACGGGUUGCCGUGGCGGGCGUUGAGCUCAGCUCGGACAGGGACGAGGCCUUGCGUCAGCAUCUGAUGGGCGUCGGAGAAUACGAGUCUAUUGAGGCACACCCAGAUCAGCCCAACUCCGUCGUGGUUGCAUUCAAGGAGCGAUAUCAAGCUGAGAAGCUCAUGUUCUCUCCUUGGAACAUCCCCUCCGUGGGCGAGGUCCAGCUCAGCUGGAUGCCUAACUUGCCUAUCGCGGCUCCCACUGCUGGGUCAACGGAGUUCAAGGGUGGCAUGGGACAGGACGAACCGGAAGACACGGUCAUGUCGUCCUCGUCCACGCCGGUUGUCAACAACGCUCCCGCGCGGGAUAUGGAUUAUGACGUUGCGGAAGAAGAUAGCUGGGGCGCUUGA